UUGCUACAGAACACGGGUUGUUUUUUGUUUUCGUUUUAGCUUAACGCUGCAGAUGAAAGGUUCAAUUCUGUUAUGCGUUUAACGAAACUCAUUGUUUAUUUUUGACCUCGGAAACCAUAAAGUACGACGUGAAUUCAGCUUACUGAAAAAAAGUGUUGAGCUAUUAUAUCUGAGUUCGAUAGGCCAGGUCUGAACGAGUUGCUGGACGCGCAGUGCUGUGUUGACAGUCAUGGAGGUGCAGAUGAGCGGGUUAGUUCAAAUUUCCUUCAGACAACUUUAGCACUUUUACUCAACACACACAAUGGCGUCUGUUAUGGAGGAUCCUACGUUGGAGAGGCACUUUAAGGGACACAAAGAUGCUGUCACUUGUGCAGACUUCAAUCCGAACCGCAAACAACUGGCCUCAGGGUCAUUAGAUAAAAACUUGAUGAUAUGGAAUUUGGCUCCCAAAGCGAGGGCCUUUCAAUUUGUUGGGCACCAGGAUGUGAUCACUGGGGUGCAAUUCUCUCCAUCUGGCAAUCUGGUGGCUUCUUCUUCCAAGGACAGAACAGUCAGACUGUGGACACCUUCAAUGAAAGGCGAGUCGACAGUGUUCAAAGCCCACACAGCUGCUGUACGCAGUGUUGCCUUCUCCCAUGAUGGCCAGAGACUGGUGACAGCAUCAGAUGACAAGUCUGUUAAAGUGUGGAGUGUUCACCGGCAGUGCUUCAUCUACUCCCUCAAUCAGCACACUAACUGGGUGCGCUGUGCUAGAUUUUCUCCGGAUGGCAGAAUCAUAGCUUCCUGUGGGGAUGACCGGACUGUCCGGCUUUGGGACACAUCUACCAAACACUGCAUCAACUGUUUGACCGACUGUGGAGGAUCAGCAACAUUUGUUGAUUUCAACUCCAGUGGUACCUGUAUUGCAUCGUCAGGAGCUGACAGUACUUUGAAAAUCUGGGAUUUACGGACCAACAAGCUUAUUCAGCAUUAUCGUGUUCAUAGUGCAGGAAUCAACAGUUUUUCCUUCCACCCAUCCAACAACUAUGUGAUAAGUGGUUCGAAUGAUGGCACUAUUAAGAUAUUGGACCUGUUGGAAGGGCGUCUGAUCUACACUCUUCAUGGGCACAAGGGUGCUGUGAUCACUGUGGCCUUUUCCAGGGCUGGAGAUGUCUUUGCCUCAGGAGGAGCUGACAGUCAGGUGCUGCUGUGGAAGACUAACUUUGACAGCAGGUCAUAUCAGGAUGUCUUACUUCAACACAGCCGGAGGUCGACACCAGAUCCCCCACCCCACCUGUCUGACAUUCAUCCCAGGGGACCACACCUUCAUCACCCACAGCCUACAGCCAUUCAGGUCAGUCCAGCAGUAAAAGACACCAGAUCAACUGAGCCACAUGUCAUACAGCUGGGACAGUCUGUCCAUGGCAACAUGCUCUUAAACAGUUGGCCCCGCUUGACACCCAUGCAGUCUGCUGCUGCUAACAGUCACCACUAUAACGGUUUGCCAGCAUGUCAUGUUGCCAAUUCAAGACUGGACGGAUGGAUCGAGGGUGGAAGUGCAAGUAGGGCAGAAUCGACUGCUGAGAAUGAAACGAGGGCUAACAGAAAAGAAGGAAAAGGAAGACGAGAGGAAGAAGUAGAGAUGUCGCAGACACACCCACUGGAAGUUCUCUCUGGUCAUCCAUCAAGUGUGAGCUCUACCCUGCGGCACAUUGUUCAACAGCUGGAUAUUCUCACACAGACUGUUUCAGUGCUGGAAGAGCGUCUCACCCUGACUGAGGACAAGUUGAAGGAGUGUCUAACCCAUCAGUCUCAGAUUCUGAAAGACCUGCGAGCAUCUAGAACGAGGCGGAGGACAGAGAGUGAAGGGACAGAUGAAUCUUCUGUUCAUUCCACUUGAGGACAACUUUGCCUCGUCUCAGACAGCAGCACAAAGACAUGAAGUGUGUUGUUCUGCUAAGCCCCCAGAUUGCCAGAUGUGUGUGUCAAUUUAAAUGCCCUCCAUGGUGGUCUUUCUCAUAGGUCAAUCAGGAUUCGAUCAGUGGUUGCAGUGAGUUUGUGUCUGACUGCGUGCUUGUACGUGUGUAGUACCAACAUAGUUUUUCCAUGCCUUUCGGUACCUCUUAAAGACAUCCAGCUGCACAGAAGAGCUGCA